AUGUUUUUACCAAAAGUUUUAGUUUCUUUAGUCUUAGCUUUAUUAGUUCAAGGUGUUUCCGUUAGAAAAUCAAAUGGUGUUGUUCAGUUACCUUUUCAACAUUCAUAUGGUGAUAAAAAAAAUGUUACUAAAUUUUCAGAUAAACCUUACUUUUUAGUUUCAAAAGACGGUAAUAAAAGGGAUUAUCAACCAACUACUUUAAUUAAUGAACAAUCUUACUAUGCUGUUGAUUUAACUGUUGGUUCAUCACCAGUAACUGUUUUAUUGGAUACUGGAUCUUCAGAUUUAUGGGUUGUCGAUGCAAAUGCUCAAUGUCAAGAUAAUGCAAAUUGUAAAAGUCAAGGUACCUACAGUUUAACUUCCAAUGCUCAAGAUACUGGUGAGUCUUUCAGUAUUCAAUAUGAAGAUGGUUCAGGCGCUCAAGGUGAAUAUUACUUAGAUUCGGUUCAAAUUGGUUCAAUCACUGUUUCAAAUCAACAAUUUGCUGAUGCAACAACUGCUGGUUCAGAUUUUGGUGUUUUAGGAAUUGCAAAAACUGCUCAAGAAGCUGGUUCGCAACAAUAUAAUAAUUUACCAAUUAGUUUAGUUGAUCAAGGAUAUAUUUCCAAAAACGCUUAUUCAUUAUAUUUGAAUUCUCCUGAAGCUUCAAGUGGUUUAUUAUUAUUUGGUGGUGUUGAUCAUGAUAAAUAUGAAGGUUCAUUAACUGCUUUGCCAAUUCAAGGUAAUGCUUAUUUAGCAGUUGAAUUAAAUUCAAUUACAAUUGGAGGAUCGACUCAUUCAGCAAAUUCUCAAGUUGUUUUAGAUUCAGGUACAACUUUAGCUUACCUACCAAGUGGUUUAGUUAGUGCCAUUGGUUCAGCAUUAGGUGGUUCUUAUUCAAGUUCAAUUGGUACUUAUAUUGUUGAUUGUAAUUUGAGUGGAAGUUUAACUUAUAAUUUUAGUGGCGUUUCAAUUAAUGUUCCUUAUUCAGAUAUUGUCAUUGAAUUAUAUUAUAAUGAUGGUUCCUCAAGUGGUCAAUGUGGUUUAGGUAUUUUAAAUGGUGGAUCCGGACCUUUCAUUUUGGGUGAUAAUUUCUUAAGAAGUGCUUAUGUAGUUUAUGAUAUUACUGAUAAUGAAAUUAGUUUAGCACAAGUCAAAUAUUCAUCAAGUUCAGAUAUUACGAGCUUAUAG